CGUAUACUGUACAGCUGUGUAUGCAGAACUACAUUUGGAUGAGUGCAAUCCCAAUAGCAGACUCUGAUCUGUAAAUAUUUGCGGUGAGAGACAAUCAGAUAGAGUCGCACAUAUCAUAGCUAGUGACCAGAUUCUGAAACUGUGUCCCCAGUAGCACCCCUUCCAUAUAGGACUGAACACUGUCAGUGUGUCACAGUGUGAGGAGACGCAGCUACCGCACAGAAAGCUUCCAGUACUCCAGGAUGUCGGUGAAGCUGCUCGGUCUCUGCCUGCUGCUGGGUGUGUUGUGUCUGAGCUGGGCAGACGAUAAAAUGUGCCUCACAUCUGCCUCCAGCUGUGAUGAGUGCAUCCAGUCUGGCCCGGAGUGUGCCUGGUGCACCGCCCCUAACUCUAACAUCCGCUGUCAGACCUUGAAGGAGCUGCGGAGAGCCGGCUGUCGUAAAAGACACAUGUAUAACCCUCAGGGCAGGCUGCAGGUUGUCAAGAACGACAGCAGCACCGAACCAUCAAUUGCCACAGCCAUGUUCAUCCAGCCCCAGGAGCUCUCCCUCCGUUUGAGGCCAGGUGUGAGCCAGCCCUUCCCUCUCACUAUCACCAUGCCUACAGACCAGCCUAUCACAGAGCUGACCAUGGACACCAGCCCUUUGCCAGCAGGACUAAACCUCACGUUUAGUAGCAUCCUGAAGGGGAACCCUAUGGUCGUACAGGUGAAUGUUGAGGCUGCUCGGUGUCCCAGUGAGAGGGACGACUCAACCCAGAGGCAGAACAGGACUGGGCCCUGGUCUGUUCUCAUCACACCCAGAGGCUUUUCACUUCUGAGUGUGAAGACCGAGAUAACUCUGGAGUGUCAGUGUGACUGCACAAAAAACCGUGAGAAAAAUAGCCCUGGCUGCAGUAACCGUGGGGAUCUGGUGUGUGGUCAGUGUGAGUGCCAGCAGCCUUAUGUUGGACAACAGUGCCAGAGGGACAGCGACUCAUUUAUUUCCCCAAAUGAAGACUUCUGUCGCUCUGGACCGAAUGCCCCUGUCUGCAGCGGUAGGGGAAAAUGCGUGGAGGGAUUCUGUGAGUGUGAGAGACGAGUCAACCCAAAAGAGAGAUACAGCGGGCGAUACUGCGAGUGCAGCAACUUUGACUGUCCAUACCAAAACAGCAGAAUAUGCGGAGGCCGUGGGAAGUGUGAGUGUGGAGAAUGCAUUUGUGAUGAUGACUGGACUGGUGAGGACUGCGGCUGCUCCAUGGAAACUGCUUCCUGUAUGGCCACAAAUCAGAAUCUGUGUAGCAAUAAAGGGAUGUGUCAGUGUGGGAAAUGUAUUUGUGAGCCACCACACACAGGCCCGACCUGUGAGGACUGCCCUAUGUGUCAUGGCACAUGUAGGCAGCAUGUGGACUGUGUGGAAUGUCGGGCGUUCGGGACGGGGGCGAAGAAGGACAGGUGUGAUCAAGAGUGUGGCUACCUCACUGUGACACUUGUGGAGACACAAGAUGAUAUGCCUCAACCAGGAGAAUCUAUUGCUUUCUGUAAAAUGAGGAGCAGUGAUGAUUGCGUCCUCUACUACACCUUCUCCAGGACGCCCUCUGGAGGAGAGGCCGCGGUGGUGCGGGCUAAGGAAUGUCCUCGAGGACUGUAAGAGAGGACAUCAGGAGUUUGUGAUCCAAGAGUCCAGUUCUUCCGUACGUUGAUGUAAUGCCUUGUCCAACUGCAACUCCAUGCAUUGGUUCACUAAACACUUUGCUUUAAUGUUUUGUUGUUCUACAUUUGUCUUAAUUAUGGUAAGAAAAAAAGUAAAUUAAAUCAUUUAAAGCUUAAAAAUAAUUAGAGGAUCCUUCAGUUUAUUUUACUUCCUUAAAUCAUCCUUGGGUCUAAUUUACAAGGGGCUAACUACCUCUGCUUUCAAACAAUGCAGGUGCAUCAGCAGGAGUAGUUGAUUUGAGUAUAAUGCAAAACCAUAGUCAUAUUGGCUGCCAUGCAAUAACUACUGUUAUCAAGGGUUUGAAGUAGACUUAUGUUGGCAACAUUUGUCUUAAUCAACAGCCAGAUCAAAAUUAUGUAGAUUUUGUUGAAUUAAAGAAAUGUCUGAUCAAUCACAAAGUGAGCGAGCGAAAAAGAGCAUACCUGCAUCCGUAUGAUGAUGCAGUUGUUCCUGGUUGUGAGGCUGGUACUGUGCUGAAAGCGAAGGUCUCUGGCCUGGAGACUGAGCUCCUGGCAAAGCUCGGUUUUCUUCUUAUCUGUAAGAGAAAAAGGGAAGAAGAUGAGAAGAAGGAAAAUAGUGAUGAGAAAAUUCUCUGUUUCAUAUUUUUGUUGUUUUCAUAACAGGGAACAUAUAAAACUGUGAAAAAAAUACUGCUCUCCUAAUUUGUUGCCGUUGUUCCUAGAUACAGCUUUUAGCAUCUCUUUGGCAAAAAAACUCAGAAAAACAGAGCAAGGGAGAACAUAUUAUUGGAUUCAAUGACAUACAGAGAAAAACACUGUCACUAUUGUGAACGUUGUUUUAGCCCAGGAGAAGACAUAUUACUAAUCAUCAGUGUCAACUGAGAUGUUUCUCCUCAAAUAAAAAGACAGGCAAGUUGAUUUAAUUUGCAAUACUUACCAAAUGAUGUCACAUUUCCCUCUUGGUCAAACUUCAUCUAUGACAGAAAUAAACAAAAAGCUGAU